AUGCCAUCUUUAGGAUCUGUCAUUAAGAAGAAUGGCUUCUCCUAUCAUUGCUAUGCUGAUGACACUCAACUCUACUUCUCAUUCAAACCAGAUGAUCCGACAGUAGCUGUUCACAUUGCAGCCUGUCUGACAGACAUUUCUGGCUGGAUGAAUGUUCAUCACUUUCAACUCAACCUUGCUAAGACAGAACUGCUCGUGGUCUCAGCCAACCCUGCACUUCAUCACAACCUCUCUAUACAGAUAGACCUGCUAGUGCUGAAAGAGGAGAAUCAAGAUCCGAAUGAACUGGAACAGACAGAUCAGUAUGAGAAACACCAUGAUUUCAUAACUGGUGAAAAAGCCACACAAACGGCAUCUAUACGUAAAAGAGCUCAGAAAACCAAAUCUAAUAGCUCUUUCACCUGCCAUCAUUGUGGAAGGAGUUUCAAUGAAAAACGAAGAUUUCAAAUGCACGUGAGAGUUCACACUGGAGAGAGACCAUUCCCCUGCCAACAGUGUGGAAAGAGCUUUGUUCACCAAGGAGCCUUUAAAAGGCACAUGAGAACUCACUCGGGAGAGAAGCCUUACACCUGCCAGCAGUGUGGAAACUGUUUCACUCAAAAAGGAUCUCUUAACAAUCACAUGAGAACUCACUCGGGAGAGAAGCCUUACACCUGCCAGCAGUGUGGAAACUGUUUCACUCAAAAAGGAUCUCUUAACAAUCACAUGAGAACUCACUCGGGAGAGAAGCCAUUCACCUGCCAGCAGUGUGGAAAGUGUUUCGCUCAAAAACCACACCUUCAAAGACACAUGAGAACUCACUCGGGAGAGAAACCUUACACUUGCCGUCAGUGUGUAAAGAGUUUUACACAGAAAAGCACCCUUCAUUCCCACAUGAACAUUCACACUGGAGAGAAGCCUUAUACAUGCAAACAGUGUGGAAAAAAUUUCCCUGCAAAACAAAACCUUAAAAUCCACAUGAGAGUUCACACUCAAGAAAAGCCUUACACUUGCAAGUAUUGUGGGGAGAGUUUCACACAUGCAUGCACCCGUAAUUACCACAUGAGAAUUCACACUGGACAGAAUGUGUUCAAAUGUGAUCGUUGCGGAAAGACCCUCACAACAGAAUUUAGCCUCAAGUGUCACAAGAUGAUUCACACUGGAAAGAAACCCUUCAAAUGUGAUCAGUGUGGAAAGCGUUUCAUAUGUAAGGUAAGACUUAAUUACCACAUGAAGACUCAUUCAGCAGAGAAAUGCUGUAAAUGUGCUCAGUGUGGAAAGCGUUUCAUAUGUAUGGUAAGACUUAAUUACCACAUGAAGACUCAUUCGGCAGAGAAAUGCUGUAAAUGUGCUCAGUGUGGAAAGCGUUUCAUAUGUAUGGUAAGACUUAAUUACCACAUGAAGACUCAUUCGGCAGAGAAAUGCUGUAAAUGUGCUCAGUGUGGAAAGCGUUUCAUAUGUAUGGUAAGACUUAAUUACCACAUGAAGACUCAUUCGGCAGAGAAAUGCUGUAAAUGUGCUCAGUGUGGAAAGCGUUUCAUAUGUAUGGUAAGACUUAAUUACCACAUGAAGACUCAUUCGGCAGAGAAAUGCUGUAAAUGUGCUCAGUGUGGAAAGCGUUUCAGUCAUAAAUGUAGCCUCAAUAUUCACAUUAAAAAACAACACGCUCGAGAGAAGCCUGUGGGAAGAGCUUCUCAUAAAUAGAAGAUCUUAAGAUUAUCAUGACAUAUGUGUGGAAUCAUGUGAAGAAACCCACAUGAGAUUUAAUUCAGGGGAGAACUAUUUUGUACGAAGUGUUUCUCAGUCAAAUGAAACCUGAAGACUCACACUCGAGAGAGACCUUUCACGUGUUUCUGUGUGUUCCUGAAACAUCAUUCAAGAAAAUUCUGGAAAUAAAGUCUGACUGUGACAAGAAGCAAAUUUUAAAAAUCCCCAGCAUAUUCACUCUGGAGGAAGGCUCAUUAACUGUGAUCAAUGUAAUGCAUUUCUUUUGACAUUAAACCUGAUAGAAGUGGCCCUGCAAUUUAAAAUAGCGCCAAAAAAUAGGUAUCUGUUUGAAAUUAAGACUGCGCUCACACCACAGCUGAAUGUGUGUUGUAAUUGAUUAUGGCACCUUCAUAGCCAUGUCUUUUAUUUGUGUUGUUCACUUUUUUUUUUAUACUUGUCAUGGUCUCCUGUAUCCACACCUGACUGUCUCCUUUGCUAUAGUUUCAAAUAUUGUAGUAGACACUAAUUUUGAUUGUAUGGAGACAUUGUGCCGUUCAGUUUACUGGUAACUUGGAAUCAAAAUAUUACGUUUCGGUCUUACUGCGAAAUGCCACAAUGUAACUACAAGGUUAUAAAUAAAAUGGUGAACUGCAU